GGUUGUUUGUUAGACGUGCUGGUAGUAGUGUAGUUCCCAGAGGAGAUGUGUGCUCCGUAGGAGCCCGCCACUGGCUGCUGUUUUAUUUUCCAUUCGAAUGAUAACGUGAUUUAAACCCCGGAGAUGUCUGGGAACGUGACGCACGGCUCCUGUGGGGGCAUCAAUCUGAACUUUACGCACAGCUUUCUGCCGCCCGUGUUCGUCACUGUCUUCGUGGUCGGGACGCUGUCCAACAUCUGGGGUCUGAGGAGUGUGUGCAGCAGCUGGAAGAACAUCGGGAACAUCAACAUCUUCAUGCUAAACCUAGGGGUGGCGGACCUGCUCUACCUGUUCACCCUGCCCUUUCUCGUGCACUAUUACGCGCGCAACAGCCACUGGCAGUUCGGCUCGACGUUCUGCAAGGUGAACCGCUUCUGCUUCAACCUCAACCUCUACGGCAGCAUCGGCUUCCUAACCUGCAUUAGCAUCUACAGGUAUUUAGGGAUUGUGCACCCAAUGAGGGUUAUGGGGAAGAUCUCCAGCCGACACUCGGUGGCCAUCAGCGCCAUAGUCUGGCUCCUGGUGAUCAUUCAGAUCCUCCCUGACAUGUUCUUUGACAAGAACGACCUCAACUCUCCACACUCGUGUUUCGACACUACCUCCAACGACCUGAUCAGCCACUACCUGCCUUACAGCAUCGGCUGGACCGUCACAGGCUUCGCUGUCCCCCUGGUCAUCAUUCUGGUCUGUUACGGACACAUCGUCGUGGUUCUCGCCAGAAAAGCCAACGUGAACCCGGUGCUGAAGCAGCGGUGUCUGAAGCUGGUGGUGAUCCUCGUCAUACUCUUCUCCAUCUGUUUCAUCCCCUACCACGUGUUUCGGAACGUCAACCUGAAAACCAGGAUACUGAAACAGAACGGAAUCUGCCGCGCAAGUUUCCGUGACAUCUACAUCGCGCACCAGGUAGGCCGGUGCCUGGCGUGUCUGAACAGCGCCAUAAACCCGCUCAUUUACAUAGUUGGAAACGAUGACUUCCUCAUGAAGCUUCAGCAGCUCAGCCAGCGGGCUCUGCUGUCUCUGGGCUUUACCCCAAACCCGCGGAACCGGGUCCGGAUUCACCGUCGAGAACUCACGUCAGCUCCGACCUGAUGAACGGAUAAGAAGCUAAAUGGGUUCAGCCGAGGUUGCAUGUCCCUGCAUGUCACGUACCGCCAGAACUUCCACUUUCCCGAGAAGAAACAGUGAUGACUGAAAACUGUUGUCAGUCGGUGUUAGGGGUCAGAGGUCAUCGGGUCGCUGAGCUGCAGAGAGGAGAGCAGGUAUAGACCUGCUGCUGAAUCUGUUAAACAGUAUAGAAUAGACAGAAGCUGCUGCAAGCUCAUCUCACCACUGGACUGAAUCAGUAUUACACAGCUGCUGUUCUAUCCUGCGCUCUGUUAUUGCAUGUGCUUCAGUCCUGAGGUCCUCUGUGCUGAAGGUCCAGCCCUGUGCAGUGCUGCAGAGACUUGUUUAUGGCCUUCGCACUGUUACAGGUGAAGUAUUUGAUCUACUUGGUGGUGGUUUGUAUUUUCCAUGUUUUAUAUAACUGAGACUUUUGAACAGAGGCACUUACUCCAUUCAUCUGUCAGAAAACACACAAGAUGCAUGCUGGGAUAUACAGUAUGAAGACUUGGUGGAUUUUACCACACUGUAAAAUAUUCAUUACCCAACAAUCAUAACAUAUCUGUGCAGAAACCAUCAGGUGAACUGAAGAAGAAAACACCUUCAUCAUUUUGACAACAUGUGUGCUGCAAAUACUCACAACACAGUGAUGAACCUGACUGGGACUUGUUGGGAUGGAGAGAGAGAGAGAGGGAGAGACAGACAGACAGAC